ACAAAUAAAACCUAUUUAACUUGUUUGGUUUCUGGAGACUUCUUGGGGAGGUCUGUGCUGCUCGUGUUUCUUUUCCCAUUCCUCCCAAACACCCAGGCCUAAAACAUGUUUAAUGUUUACCGAGGUGCAGUAGCAGUAGUACACCGAGUUGUAUCACAUACAAAUUCUCUUUCUUCUAUGAUUGUCUUGUGUUAAGCAGCCUCUUGGGUACUAUAAUUUGUCGACCUGAAAUAUUUGGUUUUGUUGUGUUGUGGUUUUGGUGGUGUUGUCUUUUGUGCGAGUUUGGUUUUUUUGCGUCAAGGGAAUUUGAAGAAUGGCUAACAGGGAAGAGAAAGGCAAUGACUUUUAUGCUGUUUUGGGGUUGAAGAAGGAAUGCUCGGAUUCGGAGCUCAGGAAUGCCUAUAAGAAACUUGCGCUGUAUUGGGCUUGGUGCAGGGUCACUAGUCCCGUUUGGUUCUUCAUUGGAACCAAAUUGGGUUUUCAGUGAAACGUCAAACAGGUUAGAAAGAGAUGGCACCCAGAUCGUUGCUCGGCCACAGGAAAUUCAAAGUUCGUGGAAGAAGCCAAGAAGAAGUUUCAGGACAUUCAACAAGCCUAUUCUGGGAAUGGGUGAUUUUUUGAACGAGAUGGCGGUGAUGAUGAGCCAGACUAAGCCGAAUGAAAAUGGAGGGGAGAGCUUUGAACAAUUGCAGGAACUCUUUGAAGAAAUGUUUCAGGGGGAUAUUGAGAGUUUCAGCUCCUGCUCUCAGCCUCCUGCUUCCUGUUCUACUUCUUCAUCUUCAUACGUAUCCUACUGUGAAAGUUCUACACCCAAUAACAAACGUAAUUCCUCUGAAAUGAAUUAUGGCAACGCAACCUUGGACAGUUCUGGUUUUGACACUCAUUUUCACAGUUUUUGUGUAGGGGCGGAAAGCCAGCAAGGGAUCGGGAAAGGGAUGUCGGGAAGAGAAGGGAUUCCAGGAGGAGUAACCAGUAGGCGAAGGGAGGGCAGGAAACAAAAGGUUACAUCUGGGCACGAUGUCUCAUCUAAUGAUCACUCGGGUAUAUCUGCUAGAUAAUGCCAUUGAAUUGAUUCAGCUAUUCACCGAUUGCUAGAGAAUUACUUGGCAGAGUUUUUAUCAGCUUGGAGAGUGCAGUAGCAAAAACAUCAUCAGCUUGAAGCAAUUACUGGUCAAAUUUAGGCAAACUGUAGUUUUACUAUUUAAUUAAGGUCAGGGUGAGCUUCCUAGUGCAUUUCUGCCAUGCCAUACAAUUUAAUGGUGAUGACAUUUUCUGAAGUGUUCAUCCUUUUUUUUUUUUUAUGUUAAUUGAGAUUUCCCUGUUUUUGCUA